CUUCGCGUCGGCUGCUGCUGCUGCUGCUGCUCUCUCCGCGCUGCGCUUCCGCUGCUCUAGGGUUUAUCUCCUGCUGCCGCUCGGAUUUCGCGGCGAGCAAUCCACCGGAGAUGGCGCCCGUGCAGUUCUCCGCCGCUGGAGUUGGCGCGGUGGCCUUCGCUACGAAGGGGAUGGCCUCCCGCGACGCGCUCCGCCUCCCGCCGCCGGCGGCCGUCCGGGUGCUCCGCCAGGCGCCGCGGCCGUCACGCGGCCUCGUCGUCAGGGCCGCCGCCGCCAGCGUCGCCCCGAAGUAUACAACGCUCAAGCCCUUGGCUGAUAGAGUGCUUGUAAAGAUUAAGUCUGCUGAGCAGAAGACAACUGGUGGGAUUUUGCUUCCUUCGGCUGCUCAGUCUAAACCCCAAGGGGGUGAGGUAGUUGCCAUUGGGGAGGGACGAACUGUUGGGGAUAACAAAGUGGAAGUUAGCAUUCAGGUUGGAUCCCAAGUCGUAUAUUCAAAAUAUGCUGGAACAGAGGUGGAGUUGAAUGAUUCCAACCAUCUGAUUCUUAAAGAGGAUGACAUCAUUGGUAUUCUGGAGACUGAUGAUGCAAAGGACAUGAAGCCUCUUAGCGAUCGUGUUCUUAUCAAGGUCGCUGAAGCUGAAGAUAAAACUCCUGGUGGCCUAUUGCUUACUGAAACAACAAAGGAGAAGCCGUCUAUUGGAACGGUCGUGGCUGUUGGCCCUGGUCCUCUGGAUGAGGAAGGCAAGAGGAUUCCAUUGUCGGUCUCUGCAGGCAGCACUGUUCUAUAUUCCAAAUAUGCUGGCAGCGAGUUCAAGGGCUCUGAUGGCACGAGCUACAUAGUGUUGCGGGUGUCAGAUCUAAUGGCUGUCCUCUCCUGAAUUACCAGGUGCGCUCAGCUGAGCCAUCCAUCGUACUAUGCCCUUUCAGCAACCAUCUUUUUUGGAAAAUAUUGCUCCUGGAGAUAACAUUAAAGCCACUCGAAUCCCCUUUUGUUACACCAAAAUUGGGGUGGUGGUAUAUCAUACUGAUAAAUUAUAAUGAAUGCCAACUUUUUUUGGUUGUUUUCAGCUUUGUAAUGAUUUAUAGAAAAAUGGGAGAAUAACUCCUAACCUUUGCACCAA